AAAACAAACACAUUAUGCACAACACACUGUAGACCAGACAUUGGUUUGGAAUCAGAAAACUGUUAUGAAGAGGAAUCAUGUCACAGCCGUACGAGCCUUAUGACAAGUCUGAUGUCAUAGAAGGCCGUCUGACCAAUCAGGAGCGUACGAUGAGCGUGCUGCUUGAGCAGGCGUUCAGGAUCAAGGAGGAGGUGGUGGCCAGUCUGCACUUCACCCAGGGCUCUGUCCAGUCAGAGACCUCCUCUCGCAGGCUGCUGGAGAGCCACAUCCACACCAUCACGCACAUCGUCAAACAGCUCAGCACUGACAUACAGGUUCUGAAGAGUCAGAUAGCCCAGCGGGACAGUGUCACCUCUGGGACCUCUUUUGCUAUGCAGAGUCUGGAUCACAAAAACCUGGCUGGUUUUGGUGACCUCAGGGGCAGGGUGGCCAGGUGUGAUGCCAGCAUUGCCAAGCUGUCAGGUGAUGUGAGCGACAGGGCACAAGAGAUCGCCAGGCUCCAACAGGAGGUGUCAGAGGUCAAGUCAGGUCUGGGAGAGCGACUGAGAGAGAUAGACAUCAAGCUGUCUCAGGCAGUUAGCAGACUGGAGGUGUUGCUGGUGGACCAGACCCACGGCCAGAGAAACAGCUGGACUGACCUGCACAGCCAAAUCAAGCUCCUGGAGGCCAAGAGCUCUGGUGUGGUAAGGGAGGCGAGGGAGGACACAGACAGACUCAGGAUGUGGACAGAGCAACAGCUAAGCAGCUCAGCACAGACACACAGACAUGGCAGUGAGGUGCUACGGUCUCUACUGCAGGACAAAAUGGUGGAGGCAGAUGGGAGGCUCAGUGAGCAGGUCAGGCUGCUGUCAGUCCGUGUGGAGAGAGCAGAGAUUCAGCUGGAACAGGAGCACCAGGCAGACAGGGUAAAGCACUCGAAGAGGAAACUCCACAGUAGGAUCAGCACAUUGGAGACCAGCUUCCGGGAAGAGCUGCAGCUGAUCAAACAGGACUACCAGUCAGGGUUCCAGUCUAUCCAUGAUGCCAUAGACUCGCUGAGGCAGAUCGGUGACACCAAAGCCCGGCUGGACAAGGAGAAGCUGCAAAAGGACAUCAAACAAAUCCGCAGGAAGAUGGUGGAGCUGAGAGAUGUGUGACGCCACAGGUCACACAGGAGUGUGGUACUGCAUGGUGAAACAGACCAGUAAUGAAAUUUCAUACUCAAAAUUGUCAAUAAUUGUGAAUGACACAGAAGUCCAUGAUUACUGGGAUCCACAUGGUAUAUUAAAGUGUGCAAUAGAUCAGGAAUUAUUAUGGGAUGCUUUCACUUUGAAACCUUUUCAAAUCACUGAUUUAAUACCAAAAAUAGUUAAUCAGAAGAAAAUCUUUGUUAUUAUAUCUCAUCUGAAAUGAAUAAAGUUCAUCAUGAAAGUACAAUUUAGUAAUAUUGACACAAUCAAGCAUGAGAAUUUAUUUCCAAAUGCACCUGUCAUCUCAAAAUGCCAGAAUGUAUUGUUCAGGUACUGUGUCAAGAGCUGAAGGGUAUAGUAUUUCAUAUUAUUACAGCACUAUAUUUCAGCAAAAUGCAUCUCACUUCCAGCUCCUAUGUCAAGGAAAAAACAUUUGACUGUUGAGAUGAAGCCAAACGUCUGCUCUUUCUAGUUGUUACAGUUGCCCAGUUGCUACAAUCUAUUGUUAUCUACGAAUUGUCUCUGGAAAUCGCCUGCACAAAUGUCUAGCCUGCUCCAGUUGUAAAUGCAACUUGUUCAGGUUUCCACUGUACAUCCUGAAAUGCAAGAUACACAGCAGUGCUGUGCAAAAGUAUUUCCCCCUUUUCAAAUGUUCUCUACUUUUGCAUAUUUUUAAUACUGAAUAUUCUCAGA